AUGGUGGUGGAGAACGGAUCCAAGUACACCCCAGACAGACACCCGUCGUGGUUCAAGGUGAGGGGGUUACCACCCAGGGUAAGGUGCCACUCAAGUGAGGUGCCAGGAGUGAGGUGCCACGAGCGAGGUGCCACGAGUGAGGUGCCACGAGUGAGGUGCCACGAGCGAGGUGCCACGAGUGAGGUGCCACGAGUGCCGUUGCUACAGUCACAGCUGGCGUGUUGCUGCGAGUGGGCCUUCUUUCUUGAUUCCGAUGCCUACAUGCGCAUGGACCACCACCGCCUCUCCAUCCCCACCUGGAUCCAAACCAUCAAGCAACCUGUCAGUGUCUGCUCGCUUCGUCUUCAACCCUGCGACAGCCUCAGCACCCCUUCUCUCCACUGCCUUCCCAAAGACGCUUUAUGUGCAUAUGGUCGCACAUCUGGUGUCGUGCCCAUCACACCUGGCGUCGUGCCCAUCACACCUGGCGUCGUGCCCAUCACACCUGGCGUCGUGCCCAUCACACCUGGCGUCGUGUCCAUCACAUCUGGCAUGGCAUUUUCUCCAUCCAAACCGCGCGCAUUCCGCAUCACCGGAGGGGCCUGUGGUUCUGAUCUCACCCCCAUCUCACCCCCAUCUCACCCCCAUCUCACCCCCAUCUCACCCCCAUCUCACCCCCAUCUCACCCCCAUCUCACCCCCAUCUCACCCCCAUCUCACCCCCAUCUCACCCCCAUCUCACCCCCAUCUCACCCCCAUCUCACCCCCAUCUCACCCCCAUCUCACCCCCAUCUCACUCCCUCUUGUGUGUGCCCCUUGUGUAUCCCUCUUGUGUGUGCCCCUUGUAUAUCCCUCUUGUGUGUGCCCCUUGUGUAUGCCUCCUCUGUCUGCCCCUUGUGUAUGCCUCCUCUGUCUGCCCCUUGUGUAUGCCUCCUCUGUCUGCCCCUUGUGUAUGCCUCCUCUGUCUGCCCCUUGUGUAUGCCUCCUCUGUCUGCCCCUUGUGUAUGCCUCCUCUGUCUGCCCCUUGUGUAUGCCUCCUCUGUCUGCCCCUUGUGUAUGCCUCCUCUGUCUGCCCCUUGUGUAUGCCUCCUCUGUCUGCCCCUUGUGUAUGCCUCCUCUGUCUGCCCCUUGUGUAUGCCUCCUCUGUCUGCCCCUUGUGUAUGCCUCCUCUGUCUGCCCCUUGUGUAUGCCUCCUCUGUCUGCCCCUUACCUCCUGCAGAACUACUUUGACUGGCUGCUGAGGGACAAUCUCACCGACACUCUGGAGGGGCAGGUGUGGCUCCCACAGGACCCCGCCCUGCUGCUACAGCCCGCCACCGCGCUACAGCCGGAGGGGCCCGUGGUUCUGAUACCAAGGAAUGGCGACUCGAGGGAGGGGUUCUUUGGGGAUGCGGAGGCGCUGUUCCGCAAGGACACGGACUAUGUGAAUGCGGGCGUGAUGCUGUGGCGCCGAUCGCCCGCCACCUUCAAGUUCCUCCGGCAGUGGUACGGCGAGUACAGCGGCGACUACCACCUGUACGGCCACGUGUGGGAGCAGGACCGCCUCAACAAGGUGGCGCGCUGGCCGCACUGGCGGGGGCGGGUGAUCCUGGUGCCCCACCAGGAGCUCACAGGGCCCCAGGGGGCCAUGGUGCGCCAUGUGUGGGGGGGCGUUGCAAGCGAGGAGCGCGACAGGGUGUUGUAUGCGGCCCUGGAGGAGGCACUAGGGCCCUGGAGGAGGCACUGGGCAGCCUGCUCUGAGGACACCGCGCAGUGGCGGGCAGUAAGAGGCAGUAAGGGGCAGUAA